AUGAGCUCGUCUGCGGGCCUCGCCUCGCGCGUCGCCACGCCGGCGGCGCUCCGGGGCUCGGACCGCGAACGCGGCCGGCGUGAUCGCCGUUCGUGCGUCGUCGUCAAGGCGAGGAGGGGCGUUUCGUCGCUCAGCGGAGAGCCUUACGAUCGUCGCGGCGACGUCCGCAGGCCCGAUCUCCCACGGCUCGACGCCGGACCCCCGCUCGUGGACUCCCCCGCGCGAUACGCGGACGACUCCGAUCUCGCAUCCGCGAGCGGCGACGUCGUGACCACGAUGUGGCUCCCCAUGCGCGACAUGGGCCUCGGAGACGCCGGCACCGACGUGGGGAUGCUCCAGGAAGCCUUCGGGCUCCCAGCCACCGGCGUGUACGAUAAGAACACGUCGAGGAAGAUCGCCCAGUGGCAGGCGGCGAACAACCUCCCGCGGUCGGGCUACUUCGGCGCCGCGUCCAGGGAGGUCUUCGCCAGGUCGGCUCAGAUGCAGAUGCGCAGGGUGGUGGUCACGUCCGAGACGUACGGCACCGGGGCUGCGACGCACCCGGUCGAGCGCCCGCGCCGCGCGCCGACGACCAACAUCCGCGUGACGGUCGGCGUCGACCCGGUCGGUGCAUCCGGGGCGACGCGACCGCCCCCGCAUCAGGGAGUCGCGUCGUUACUCGGGUGGUCGCUGGGGUUCACCGCGAUCGCCACCGGGGCGAUCAAAAUCCGCGACGGCGUCAAGAGGAGCGCGUCGAGGAAAAAGACCGACUUGGGGUACUACGCGUCGCGUCGCGCGGCGGCGCAGCUCGCGGGGGCGCCGCGACGAACGACGACGUCGGACGAAGACGACGUCGGAUACGACUUUAACAGACGUUUCACCGAUCAGACGCCGAAGCGUCGACCGGACGCCGUCGUCGCGCGGGCGUCGUCGUCGCGGCACACGCCCGUCAGCGGCGAUUACUCCACGUUCGGGCACACCGCGGACGGGCGGGCCCGGCGCGGUGCCGGAGCCGGAGCCGGGGGCGGAGCCGGGGGCGGCGCGGCGGUAUCCGAGAGGCCUCGCCAGUCGGCGCCGGAGCGACGGGGGGGCUCCGAGGGAUCGGCCCCGCUCACAGGGUUCGCGAGCGAUUGGGGCGAAAAGCUCGCGGGCAUGUCCGCCGGUCUCAUCGAGCGUUCGAGGAUAGACAAGCUGGUUCGCUCUUACAAGGGAAGCGCCAGCGGGAAGGGGACGAAACCGCCGCCGCAGCAGCAGCAGCAACAACAGCAGCAGCAACAGCCGGCGAAGGUUGAGAACAACGUCGUGCGCGCGCCCGUGGCGUCGCCGCCCGAGGUCGACGUCGACGUCGAGGCGGACGCGGCGGAAGACGAGACCGACGAGGCGAAGGUUCCGGUUGACGCCGAGGAGCGGAAGAGGCGCGAGAUGGCGGCGCGCACGAUGGAACUCCAGAGAGCCGCGCUGGAACGCGAGAGGGUGGCGCGUGAGGACAGAGAAGCCGCCGCCGCCGCUGAAGCCGCCGCUCGGGAGCAGGUGGAGCAGGCGGAGCAGGCGGCGCAGGCGGAGCGUUUGGAGCAGGCGGAGCAGGCGGAGCAGGUGGAGGAAGCCACUGCCGAGGAAGACGUCGAGUCGGUCGAGGAGGAGGAGCCGCCGAUGACCAGGUCCGAGGCUGAGUUUGAGGCGAUGGCCGCCCUCGAGGCCGCCGCUCAGGCAGCCGCCGACCUCCAAUCCGUGAUCGAGGACGACUCCAUCGACGAGGAGGAGAAGGCCUUCCUCGCCGCCGAAGCCGCCGACGCCGCGAUGACAAUCAUGGACGAGGCCAGGGAGGUCGUCACGACGCAGUCCGACAUCGAGAAGCUCGAGAAGUUCCAGCGCGAGCUCGAGGAGCGCGAGGCGGUGCGAAGGCGCGAGCAGGUGAAGCGGUACAACGAGAACCGCGAGCGAGAGCAGCGCGAGAAGCAGCGAAUCGAACGCGAACAGAGGGAGGAGGCGCAGCGGAAGAUCAAGGAGGAGAGGGAGGCCAAGGAGAGGGACGGCCGCGUCGGUCACGCCAAGUUCGCGGAUGGCAAGAAGGACGAGGACGUCAACUUUGCGCAGCGGGUCCGAGCCGCCAGCGUGGACGCCGAGAGGGUGAACAAGAAGGCGGAGAUGACGUUUGAGCAGAAGAAGGAGAUGGACUUCGCGGCGCGCGUGAAGGCGGCCAUGGAGCAGGCGCAGCAGACGCCCGAUUUCAAGUUUGGGGCGGACUCCGAGGACGACGAGGCCGAGGAAGAUGGGCCAGAGUCUGAAGCCGAGACCGGGAAGGAGCCCGAGCCGGAACCCGAGAAGGAGGUCGAGAAGAUCGAGUCCGCCUCCGCCGCCGUCGUCGAGAAGGUUGAGAGGAAGGAACAGAAGACGGUCAAGGAGAAGAAGGUCGAGGAGAUUGCGAAGAAGGAGGAGCAUCCGAAGGUCGAGGCUGACAAGGGCGUCGAGGCUGAGGAGGACGUCAAGGCUGACAAGGACGUCGAGGCUGGGGAGGACGUCGACGACGACGGCGACGCCUGCGAGGACGGCGAACUGACCCUGGAGUGCCUCGGCAUGCCGGACGACGAUUUCGCAGACGACGACUUCUUCUCCCGCGUCGAAGCCGCCGCGAGGGAGGCUGAGGAGAUGGACCUCGCCGAACGCAUCGAACGCGGCGAGGCGGUCCCGACGCCCACGCCCGAGCCGGAGGAUGACGAGGACGAGAAGGCCCUCGCGGCGCUCGAGGCUGAGCGCGAGUGGAAGGAGGAGGAGGCGCGUCAACGCCGAGAGCGCAAGAAGGAGGAGGACGAGGUCUGGGCCGCCGCCGCCAAGGCCAAGCAGGAGGAGAUCGCCGAACAGAUGAAGAAGGCGGCCGAGGCUGAGAAGGAGUGGGAACAGAUGAUGGCGGCCGCGGACGACGACGACGUCGGCGCCGAGGGCGCCAAGGCUUCCGCCGAGUGGCCGAUACCCGGGACGGCGGCGUACAAGGCUCGCGAGAUCAUCGCGCCGCCACCCGCGAUGCCCCCGGGUCUCAACGGAACGGACGCGGAGGUGGACGAGGAGGCGGUGCGCGCGUACUUCGCGGACGAGGAGAAGAGGAAGGCCGAGGCCAAGGCUGAGAAGGAAGAGGAAGAAGCCAAGGCCAAGGCUGAGAAGGAAAAGGAAGCCAAGGCCAAGGCUGAGAAGGAGAAGGAGGAAGCCAAGACUAAGGCUGAGAAGGAGAAAGACGUCGCUGACAAGAAGGACGACGAGGCGCCUCCCAAGAAGAAGAAGGGCGGUAAGUUCGCGGCGAUGCUGGACGACGACGCCGUCGAGUCCGACUGGAAGAACCGCAACAAACCCCCGGCUUCAAGCCUCGACAAGAAAAAGAAGGAGGAGGAACCCGAGAAGAAGGAGGAACCCAAGAGGGAGCAAGAACCCAAGACCGGGCAAGAACCCAAGACGGACCUCGACGCCGCGCAGGCCAAAGUCGACGAGAAGAAGGCCAAGCUCGCGGAGCUCCGGGGCGAACCCGUCGCGCCCGAGACCUCCGAGGAAAAGAAGGAGCGCGAGCUCGCGGUGUCGCGACUCGUCGGCGACGCCAUCGAAAAUGUGGUCGACAAGCUGAACGUCGAGGCGCUCAGCGACUGCGACGACGACGACUACACCGACAGCGAGGAGUGCGCCGAGGACUUCGUCGAGCCGCCCGAGCCCAAGGGGGAGCCGGAGCGGAAGCCCGAGCCGCCCGCGGAGGAGCCCAAGGCUGAGGCCAAAAAGACGGAGCUCCCGCCGCUUCCCCCGAUUGGCACCGAGGAGAGGACGUACUCGCUGUUCGGCGCCGAUCCCAACGCCCCGCGCGAGCCCGAGCCCGUGGAUGAGGUUUCCGAGGAACCGCCGGGCGGGUGGCCGGCGUCCGCGCUGCUCAAACCCGGGGAGCACGAGUUGAUGACGCCCGGAGCCGGGAUGGGCCACGCGAUGGAUUCUUCGGAGAUUCAUCCGGAGGACGCCGGCGACCACUUCUUCGACUCGCGCGUCGCGCAGCAGCUCGCCAAGGCGAAGGAGAUCAGCGGCGAUUCGUCCUUCGACGAGGAGGACGACGACGACCUGGACUUCGACGAGCGCGUGGCGCGGGCGCUCGAAGAGGCGGAUUACCGCCAGCGCCCCGUCGACUCGGAGGGCGACGCGGACUUUAUCCAGUCGCAGGUUGACGCGCAGCUGGAGGAGGAGGGCGAGCGCGCGGUGGAGCUCUGGUCCGAGGACGCGGAUCACGUGGGAUGGGAGACGCGUCAGUCCCUGGACGGGUCCCCGCGCGAGCCCUGGUUCGUCAAACCCGAGGAGCACGAGCUGGGUACCCAGUGGGACCACAAGGUCCUCUCCGUCCUCUCGGAGCGGUACGGCCCGGGGUACCUCGGCGAGGGCGUGGACCCGCGCUUCGGCGUCGCCGCGGGAUGGAACUGGAAGAACGGCGGGUUGAAGCCCUCCCCCGCCAAGCUCGAGAUGAUCGCGGCGUACGAGGGCCUGGAACACAUAUCGCCGCCCCCGUUUGAUUUCGAAGAAAACGACGAAGAGAUCGCUCGGCUGCAGCGCGAGCGCAACUGGGAAAAGGAAAAUCCCAACCAGGCCGCCCUCGGCGUCGUUCCGCUGAUGCCGGGCCCGCCCGAGACUGGUCCGCCGUCGCCCAAUAAGUCGUGGGACGCGGACGACGUGAGGGAACACAUGGUUCCGCCCCAGCGGGGUAAGUUUGGCAAGCAACCCGAUCCCCCCGAGCUGUACUAUCAGCCCACCCGGGACCAACUCAACGAGGACCAGGCGAACGAGACCGAGGCGCCCGAGGGGUCCCAGACUCGGGAACAAGACGUCCCCGAGACGAUCGUCGAGGCUGUGGAGAAGAAAGUGGAGAAGAAGAACGGCGCCGCCGCCAAGGCGGAGGCGGUGCCUUUCCCGGAGGAGGGCGAGGUGGGGGCUGGCAACAGGAAGUCGAGCUUCUCGCCGCCCGCCGCGGAGGCCGUGGUGAAGAAGGAGGAGAAGAAGGAGGAGAAGAAGGAGGAGAAGAAGGAGGAGGCGGCGCCAAAGCCCAAGAAGAAGGGCAAGUGGGGCGCGCUCAUGGAAGACUAAUAA